UAAGAUAUACGAUUAGCGCUAUUUAACGCAAUGCGUAUGAGAUGAGUUGCAUGUUUACUACACGUCAUGUAUUCAUUGAAAUAAACAUAGUUAGCUUUGCUACUGCGGGGUGUUGUUUGGAGUCCACAGCGUGCGCUCGAAAUUCCGAGCAUGCGUGAGGUCCGUGAAGUGCACUCAUGUCUGCGCUCUGAUGCGAAGUGUCAUGCAUGUUGGGGAGGAAUCGUGAAACCAGUUUGGGGGAGGAGUGACUUUGUAAGGUUGUGCCGAGGCUCGUGUCGGUCUCAGUCGGACUCGGAACCAAGAUGGACUUCGUGUUGGCCGGAGUGGCGUCGUGCGGGGCCUGUCUGUUCAGCAACCCGCUGGAGGUGGUGAAGACGCGGAUGCAGCUGCAGGGCGAGCUGCGGAGCCGCGGCUCCUACCAGGUCCACUACCGCAACGUCUUCCACGCCUUCUACACCAUCGGGAAGGUGGACGGACUGGCCGGCCUGCAGAAGGGCCUGGUCCCCGGACUCAUGUACCAGUUCUUCAUGAACGGAGUUCGCCUCGGCUCCUACGCGAUCAUCGAGUCCUCCGGUUACAUCAAGACCGACGGGCGGGUCAGUGCGGUCAAGUCCACGCUGGCGGGGGCCGUGGCCGGAGUGGUGGGAGCCGUGAUGGGCAGCCCCGUCUACCUGGUGAAGACUCACCUCCAGAGUCAGGCCGCCGCCUCCAUCGCCGUGGGACACCAGUACAACCACCAGGGAACGUUCCACGCGCUGAGAGCCAUCUACCGGGAGCACGGCCUGCUGGGACUGUGGCGGGGGUCGGGCGCCGCCGUGCCCAGGGUCAGCGUGGGCUCAGCGACACAGCUCUGCACCUUCUCCUCAGCCAAGGAGCUUGUGAUGGACCUGCAGAUGUUUCCGAAGGACAGCUGGCUGGUGGCUCUGAGCGCGGGGAUGAUCAGCAGCGUCGCCGUGGUGAUGGCCAUGACGCCCUUCGAUGUGGUGAGCACGCGGCUCUACAACCAGCCGGUGGACCAACAGGGAAAGGGUCUCCUCUACAAGGGAUUCACCGACUGCUUCUCCAAGACUCUGAAGAAGGAAGGUUUCCUGGGCGUCUACAAAGGGCUGGGGGCGUCGUACUUCCGGGUCGGACCGCACACCAUCCUGUGUCUGUUCUUCUGGGACGAGCUGCGUAAAGUCUACGCCAGGUUAAAGUGAGGAGGAGACGGAGCUGAAGGAGCAGCGUUGGUCCUCCAGAGCAAGGUCACAGAACCAGGACUGAAGCAGCUCUGCUCCCGUUUGUACCUCUUUCAUGAAUGUCCAUCGCUGCAACGUUAGCCGUAACAAUAUGGCCCCUGUUUGGCCUCUGCAGUGGUCAGUACCACAGAUCUAAACCUCAACAACUCCAGGACCAAACUAAAACUUCAUUGAACUAUGUAGCAGAUCGUUUCCAUGACAACUGAAUGGAGGAAUACAAUCAUCAUUGUGGAAUUACUGGCCGUAAUGUUAUGGCUAAUUGGUGAAGAUUGUUUUAUUCAACAGUACUGUUACACAGUAGAUGGUACUUAGAAGUACUUGCAGUAGCAUCAACAGGUCGGGCCUCUUGAAGGUUGUUUCUCUAGUGAGAAGACCGUUUGUGUUUAUCGAUAUUAUCUUCACGUCGCACACAUUUGCUGUGUAGUUUCUACACUCCUUUGAUGAACCAUGAGCCAGAAGGGUUCGGUUUGAAUCGGGUGGUUUGUUUAGAUGUGAUUUAAAUGUUGUCCUUUGUUGUGACCAGCAAGGGGCAGCAGAAGGUUCAAGAACAAAAUGAAGCGACCACGACAUGAAACAAAGGUCACGAUUUCAAGGUCUGUAUGAUUUGAAGUCUUCAGUGCUGAAUACUGUACAGUGAGUACAGAAAAACUACCUCGAAGUCAGAGCGGUCGCUACCUCUGCACUGCCUUAAUUCAGUCACUCCUGUACCAGAAGAAUAUCGAAUCUAUUUUCAUUUCUAAAGUUCAGAAUUGCUUUAACAUUAUUGAUGCAUUGACAAACAGCAAUAUAAGAUGCGUGUUACAAAACUUUUGCCAAAAACAGUAUAUUUAUAUCGUUUAUUCCCCUUUACUUUCAUGGGCGCGAUGAAGUUGCAUUUGCAUAAUUACAUGCAGAAUCUGAAAGCGUAUUACAAAUAAAUGGUAUUGUUUGAAGUGUACUAUUGUGUUUCGUACACACCAAGUUGAUGAAACAUGAUGGUAAAAAUGUGCCAAUAGUUGUACAAACACUGAGAUUUGUGACACAAACAUGAUUUUGUAAACAUGAUGAAGUAGUUUGUGUGACGAAAACAUCUAUUUAAAAAGAUGAGUAAAAUAUAAUUCAUCAAUUUUAACUAAGUUUCUUUUAAAUUGAGCAGAGAAUAUUGCGGUUUUCUUCUGCUUCUGAGCCAUGUUUCUCCCCUAAAACGUCCCCCAUGAAUUUAACUAUUGUUUGGUCUGAUGAGACAAAAAUGCUUUUUUGAUGACUUGAUAUGCAGAUAUGUUCAAUAAAAGGCU